UCCGCAUGACUGGAAUUUUGUCAGAGGAGCACAAUGGAAGAAUCAAGCCUCUCGAUGCCGUGGGAUGCGUUGACCUGUUCCAUAUGCCUGGAUAUUCUAAAGCAUCCUGUGUCACUACAGUGUGGACACAGUUUCUGCUUGGCAUGCAUUACAGAUAGCUGGGAUCAAGCAGGGGUUUGCAGAUGUCCACACUGCAGAAAGACCUUCACCCAGAGACUGGAUCUUUGCAUUAACAUACACCUGGCUAAUGCAGUGGAGAAGUUAAACAUGGCAUCUCAGAGUAGAGCUGGACCUGAUGACAUAGAGUGCAGUUUCUGUAGUGAAAUCAAGCUCAAAGCCGUCAAGUCCUGCCUCACCUGCUUGGCCUCAUACUGUGAGAUUCACCUCCAAUCCCACUACAAAAUCAAUACCUUGAAGAAUCACAAACUAGUGAAUCCAACGAGAAACAUCGAGAAUUACAUGUGCUCAGAACACCAGAAAGCUCUGGAGCUGUUUUGUACUGAUCAUUGUGUGUGCAUCUGCAGCUCAUGUGUGGCUGAUAAACACAAGAACCACCACACUGUCCUGCCUGAAAAGGAAAGAGCAAAGAAAAAGAUCCAACUAGAGGAGCUUCAACAGAACACUCGGGACAGAAUCAGUGACAGAGAGAAACAACUAGAAGUGCUGAAACAGACCAUCAAAAACAUUAAGGACUCUGUAGAGAUCGAAGAACAGGAAAGCAUGGAGGUUCUCAAAGACCUGAUCAACAGCAUUGAGGAAACCUGCCAAAAAAUAACCCAGCUUUUUAAAGAUCAAGAGAAUAAAGAGGUGGAAAAGUUUAAAGAACCAAUUGAACGACUUGAGAAGGAAAUUGAGGUUCUAAAUAAGAGAGACGCUGAGCUAACUGAGCUUUCAGAGACUGACAAUGACAUCUACGUCCUGCAGACCUUUCCAUCAGUCUCUACCCCAAUUCACGAGCAAAGCCAUCCCAGUGUUGACGUCAGCACAGACUUCUCGGCUGCGCUUCUGAGGAAGGAAUUGUCUCAUCUGAAACAAAGUGUGGAGGAGAUCAGCCAGUGGGAAUUCGUAGAAGAAACUGAGGAAGGACAUCGUUGUUCAACUUCCAGGCUAAGAAAAUCAGUGAUGAGGAGCACUUCCCAGCACAGCUUGAUAGAAGUGCGCCGCUUUUAUAAGACUUGGAUGUGGCUUAGAAACUCUCAAAUGGCUCUGAUCAUCUUAGUUUUUGUUAACCUGGGAUUUUUGAUAUUUCUCAUACUUAUUAUAUUGUAUUUACGUGAAAUAUGCCCCCAAAGCAAAUCAAUCGUAUACAAUUCAAUUAGCAACCAAAAGUGUGAUGAUUUAUGCAGUUGGGUCACUGACAUGUUUAAUGGCUCAUAUGGGGUUCUAAAUUGCAUUAAUAGGUGUGUUUACACUGCAGAGUCAGAGUUAGAACACAUUUGUGGCAAAAGCUGAUCCUGUCAAGUGGGGCCGUAGGGCUCAACUGGGAUUCUUGAAGCCAAGUCCAGACUUGGGAUGGUGUUGGGGUCAAAAAUUCACUAGUGAGUUACAUUCAGAUUAGAUUAAAAAUGUCGGGAAAAGUUUAUUUCAGCAUGGUGUCUGUGUGUGUGGAAAAUCAAAAUUGAUUUUCAUGUCUUAAAAAUAUAAUUAUCAUUGGAAAAUGAUGCAGUUUUUUUGCUUUGGGUAGAACUCCUGGAUCCCUACAUCCUAGCAAAGAUACGGGAUUAUUAAACACUUAUCCCCAAAUCCUUCUGAAAUGGUAUGACCUAUGUCCAACAAUACAGAAAUUGGUCUGCUCCAUUUUACUAUGGGACCAGGUCAACUGAUUUUGCAAAAUGUUUGCACAAGUAGUUUUUGAGAUAUGUAAUUUUUUCAAAUAUAGUCAUACACACGCGCAUUCACACACUCAAAGAAAUUUUGAAUUGAAGACAGUUGAGGGCUCGCUUGUCCUAUCAGAACAUAUACUAGAUAGAUAGAUAGAUAGAUAGAUAGAUAGAUAGAUAGAUAGAUAGAUAGAUAGAUAGAUAGAUAGAUAGAUAGAUAGAUAGAUAGAUAGAUAGAUAGAUAGAUAGAUAGAUAGAUAGAUAGAUAGAUAGAUAGAUAGAUAGAUUUUAUUUUUAGUAUAGUAGCCAAGAUAGAUAGAUAGAUAGAUAGAUAGAUAGAUAGAUAGAUAGAUAGAUAG